AUGCUGGUGCUCAUCCUCGAGGCGGAUGCUCACGUCGAUGCAAGGCUGUUAGAAUCACUGCGAGAGACAUGUAAUUCCUCCUCCGGCGACGGCCUUUCUCUUGCAGAGCUGCAACCUUUGAUUGUGCCGCAGUACCAGCAGAUCAUGGAGCAAGAGGAUGAGUACCGCUUCGUGUACUACAAUCACACCAACCAUGCCCUGAGACUGUCUAACCAGGCCAGCAUGUCGAGGUCUUUGCUGCGAAGCACCGGAGUGACCUCUCAGGGGCCCAAAGCUGUGGAAAAGCCCUUGCUCACACCGCUGCACGCCACCCUGUCGGAUCCCAAGCUCAAGUGUCGAGAGGUGUCUUGGAAGUCUGCAGACAGGGGGUGGAUUUGUGCCAAGAGGUGGUGCGACCGAGAGUUCUACCUCCUCUUGGAUGGGACAAGUACGUCUUUGUCACGUUGUCAGGAGGAGUGUGCAAGGUUUGCAUCCAUCCACUUCAGCAGCAUCUUCAUGAUGUGA